AAGAAGCAAUUUGAUUGGCUGUGGUAGAGAAAUUGAAACCGGGUUAUAUCACUGGAACUGCACUGAGGUGUCUCGUCCCUAGGGGCGGGGCUAAAGAUGCCAAUGCUUCAUCCCAUAUCUGCUGCUGUGCUGCUCCCUCCUCCUGUGUCCCCGACAUUCCCAUCCCCUGUACUCACAUCUCCAGCCUCAUCUACUGGGUUCUCCAGAGAUGGAAACAAGGAGGUUAGAGGGGAAAUGGGAGAAUGAAGAGCCGGACACUGAGGAUCCUCUGGACACAAUAAAGAGGGAAAUGGAUCCCGUUCCUGGGGCCGAUUCCCAAGAGGAGGAACUGGAAAUCUUAAAUUUCAAGAUAAAGGAAGAACUGGAUUCUGAGGAUCAGCUAAGCCCAAUGGAAAGAUCAGCAGUUCCACUCUCUGAGGAGGGUUUCUCUGAAGAUGAACCAGAAAUAUUAAAGAUUUUGAUAAAGGAAGAAGAACCAGACUCGGAAUAUGAUUUGAACCCAGAUGAGAACUUGGAUGUUUCUCUUUCUGAUGAGGCUGUGGAAAUGGAGCCAUUACGGUGUAGUGAAGAAUCGAAUCACAGAAAACUUACCAACUCACAGCGGAAAUCAGGCACAAGAUGUGAAGAUUCCUCAAUGGGCUCAGAUGCUUCAGUGUUUACCUGCUGUAAGUGUGGAAAAUACUUCUCUUUGGCGAGAGAACUCGCCGAGCAUCUUCACGUAUGUACUGGUUACAACACGGAGAGCAGCAGGAAAGCCGGGGUGAAGCCUUUUAUCUUUACAGAGUAUGAGAAGGUACAAAUCCCUCCCUCCGGAGAGAAACCAUUCACCUGCGCAGAGUGUGGUAAAAGCUUUUCCCGGAACAGCAAUUUGUUGGCGCACAAGAGGCUUCACCGAGGGGAAAAACCGUUUGCGUGCAAGGUGUGUGCAAAACGCUUCUCUCAGAAAAACAACCUUAUGGCUCAUGAGCGGAUUCACACAGGGGAGAAACCUUUCACGUGCACCGAGUGUGAGAAAAGCUUUUCCCAGAAGAGUAGCCUUCAGGCACAUAAGAAAAUCCACACGGGAGAGAAACCCUUCGCUUGCACCAAUUGUUUGAAACGGUUUUCUCAUAAGCAUCAGCUUGUGAUCCACAUGAGCAUUCACACUGGGAUAGCGAAGUUCAUUUGUUCCGAAUGUGGCAUGAGCUUCUCCCUAAAGAGCAGCCUUCACAGGCACCAGAAGAUUCACGCAGGAGAUAAACCCUUUAUAUGUACAGAAUGUGGCAAAAGGUUUUGCACAAAGCACGAACUUCAGAAACACCAGAGGAGUCACACGGGGGAGAAACCUUUUACCUGUAAAGAAUGCGGCAAAUGUUUUGCUACCAACAGAAACCUUUAUGUGCACCAAAAUGUUCACACCGGGGCAAAACCCUUUUCAUGUUCCGAUUGUGGCAAAUAUUUCUCUCAGAAGAGCAGUCUGCACAGGCACCAGAACAUCCACACGGGGGCGAAACCAUUCACCUGUACCGAGUGCGGGAACAGCUUUGCUUUAAAAAGCACCCUUCUCCGGCACCAGACCAUUCACACGGGGGAGAAACCGUACACCUGUACGGAAUGCGGGAAAAGUUUUUCUUUAAAGUGCACUCUUCGUAAACAUCACAAAAUACACACGGGGGAGAAACCGUUCAUGUGCACGGAAUGUGGGAAAUGUUUCAACAACAGACAUAAACUGCGCAACCAUCAUAAAAUUCACACCGGAGAGAAACCUUUCGUCUGCACAGAAUGCGGCAAAGGUUUCUGCAACAGGAGCAGCCUUCACACUCACCAGAAAAUCCAUACGGACGAAAGGGACUUUGCAUGUACAGAGUGCGGGAUGCGUUUCUUUCAAAGGCGAGACGUUCGCAGACAUAUGAAAAUUCACAGAACGGAUAAAUCUAUAGUUCCCGGAGGCAGGAAGGGUUUCUCUCAAAACAGCCACCGGAUUGGCUGUCGAAACUUACCCACAGGUCCAAAAUCGUUAACGUGCAAAGAAUGUGGGGAGUGUUUUGCACUAAACAACAACCUUCUGAAACACUUACAAAUACACAUGGAGCCGAAACCCUCCCCUUGCACAGAAUGUGGGGAAUGCUUCUCUGUAAAGUGCCACCGAAACACUCACAUAGGGGAGAAACCAUUCACGUGUACGGAAUGCGGGAAAAGCUUUUCACUGAAGAACAGCCUUCUGGCCCACAAGAGGAUUCAUAAAAAACGGAGACUCUUUGCAUGCGCAGAAUGUAGGAAAAGGUAUUUUAUGAGGUCCAGUUUACUGGCGCAUGAGAGGAUUCAUACAGGCAGGAAACCCUUCAUGUGUGCUGAGUGUGGGGACAUAUUUUCUCACAGGUACCAACUUCUAAUACACAUUAAAGUCCAUACAGGGGUAGAACCUUUCACCUGUAAAGAGUGCGGAAAAUAUUUCACCUUAAAAAGCAGCCUUCUUAGGCACCAGGCAGUUCACGCAGGAGCGAAACCAUUCAGGGGUGUAGAAAGUGGAAAGCCAUUUCGUUUAAGGCGUAGCCUACAGAAACACUCAAGACUCCACAGAGCGAUGAAGCUUUUCAUGUGCACAAAGUAUGGCAAAAAAAAGGGCAGCCGUCGCUCUCACAAGAAAAGCCCCGCGGGAGAGAAACCAUUCCUGUGCGCAGUGUGCGGGAAACCGUUUUCUCAAAGAAGCAGCCUUCACAGGCACCAGCGGGGGGAGAAACCAUUCACAUGCAGAGAAAGAAGGAAACGCUAAUAUGAAAAACACUUUCAUUCACCUGGAAGGUGAACAAACCAUCGACUCUACUUUCCAGUGUGGGAACAGUUACUCCAGGGAAUUUAUUACUUUAUUAAACUGCUCACCUGGCAAAGAGUCCGAGGCAGCAGGUAGAAGAUCCCUGGUGGAAUCACAGCAGAAUGUCAUGGACGUGUCCCUUCAUGGGAACCACUUGCCUUCUCUGCUCACAGUGGUCCUGUUACUAUGGAGCUUGUUAUUGCAUUGGAAUUGUCUUCACUAUCUGGGAAGCUGCAUUUAUUGCUCUCCUUGUGAUAAUUGUCCAGCCUGUGUCCCUAUCAUAUGAGCGGCAGCCAGAUUUAGAUAUAGGUACCAGAGAACUUCUCACCUAAAACUGCUGCUCUAGAUUCAGGCCCGCGGGUGCCUAUAUGGUAGAUAGGAGGCUCUGUUUAUACCAGGGGUCACUCUGAAGCUGCAAAUUCUCACUGACCCAAAUCAAUUUACAUUGAAGAGCAAGUAAAGUCCUGAAUACAUUUCAUUGCUUUUUUAUGGCAUAAGACUACCAAUCUGGUUCCAUCUAGAGUCCUGCAGAGGGUCCCACGGAAUUCCCACAAAUCUCUCAGCAUUUGGGCGGAAAAGCCCAGAUGUCCUCACUGUGCCGGUGGCCGGCGGGUGCUCAGUGGAGGCAACCAGGGAGGUUUCGGACAGCUGUAAAACUUUAAAAAAAACAAGACUCAGGCUCUCCAGCAAUAUUCCCAAGGUGUGAUGUCAUUUCUGGUUCUUGAGUCAGUCCUGCCAUGAAAUUCUGACAUCACGUCCAGUUUGCAGAGACAUUCAGCAGGGUGGGUUUGGCAGAGCAUUUCUUUGGGCAGGUUUGGGUUGGAGAACAUAUCACAGCCAAUGUGGGUACAUGGGUCCGGGUCGGAGUGCAGAUAUGCGGGUCAGGUGUGGGUCUACAAAAACAGACCCAUGCAACCCUCCAUCCCUGAGCCCCAGCUAUUCCGAGCAGUAGUCACUUCUGGGUCCUUAGUAAAACCUUCCUUCUGUUCCCCUAACAGUGUUUUCCUUAUGUGCAGGAUACAAGUUCAUUUGUUUGGACUUAUAAGUCACAGCAGCUACAGGCAGAAGCUCCUGUCAUGUCAGUAUUGGGGAUCCCUGCCAUAAAGCAAGACAAUUUUUUGUGAGCACUCCCCCAUGUUAGCACAAGAAAAGUACUGAAUUAAUCAUUCUCCCCCCCCAGAACAAUCAUAUUAUUUUUAUAUAAUAUUUCUUAAUACAAACUGACUGAACGUUAUUUAUUUAAAGGGAAAGUAAAGGCUGGAAAUGAAACUAAAUAUGCAAGAAGUGUUCCCUAGACCCAUUUUUUAAAUUGGCUGUCUAUGAAAAAAAAAACAUGAAGUUUAAACUCAUCUUGAGGAUGAAUUCCCAAUGCAUAAUAUUUCUUCAGUCCUUCAUAAGAAGCCCCCAUUCCUCACUAGGCUUAUUGGUUCCUCCAGGGCUUACUGGAUGCUGGUGUGUAGAGCAGGGCUGCUACAUUUAAAGUAGGGAUGCACCGAAUCCACUAUUUUGGAUUCGGCCGAACCCCGAAUCCUUCAUGAAAGAUUCGGCCAAAUACCGAACCGAAUCCUAAUUUGCAUAUGCAAAUUAGGGGUGAGAAAGGAAAAACAGCUUAGAUGUCCUUUUUUUGUUAUAAAAGGUCGCGCAAUUUCCCUCCCCACCCCUAAUUUGCAUAUGCAAAUUAGGUUUUCGGUUCGGCCGGGAAGAAGGAUUCGGCUGAAUCCGAAUCCUGCUGAAAAAGGCCAAAUCCUGAAUUCGGUGCAUCCCUAAUUUAAAGGGCCAAUAUAUACCUUUUUCCAUAAAUGGCACUUAAACUGAGCAUAUUUUCCCUUAUUGUUUGUAUUAGGGAUGCACCAAUUCAGCCGAACCGCGGAAUCCUUCGCUAAAGAUUCAGCCGAAUACCGAACCGAAUGGGAAGACAUUUUUUACUUCCUUGU